GAAUUAAAUUAAAUUGUGGCGACAAUCAACAAACAACCGGAAGUAUCUAUUGUCCAUAGAACCACGAAAUUUGAGAGUUUAUUGACCUUAACGGCUUAACCACGCUGUCAUUUGCAGUUUUCAUUUGUAAAACGAUCUGUUUUACAGUUUAAAGCAUAAGAAGAACUGAAAUAAUAAAUCGGUGUAGAGGCAGUACGUAUUGUCGUAUUUAACAAACAAAGUAGCGAAAAAAGGUGCAGUAUUUGUUCAAAACAACGGAAACUGUAUCAUUUCUUGAAGUGGUUUGGUCUUCAUCGCGCGCUGAACUGCAAAAUAUUUGAAAUGCUUACGAAAUCAUUUAGAUAAAAAGCAAUUGCUGGACUCAAUUGUACAUUGUAACAUUGACAAUAUGUCAUCUUCACCCACACUUGAUGAGAAAACACCAUUGUUGACUAGUGAUGACCAUUGCCAUCAACAUGAUCAUGCCAAAGAACCAAAUAUUUCAGUUCAAAACCACAGAGAAAGUGUUUGUCGUCCAAGAAAUGAGACAGCAAGUUCUACUGUAGAUAACAUAGCUCCUUGUGCAAAAUAUGGCAAUGAAGAGGAUCUCACAAAGUCUGCAAUACAGAAUUCAAAGAGAGCAAAAAGAAAAUUAAUCAUUGCUUGUGUUUUGUGUUUGUUCUUUCUUGUUGGAGAAUUUGUUGGAGGUUACCUGGCCCACAGUUUGGCCAUCAUAACGGAUGCCGCUCAUCUUCUCUCAGAUUUUGCUAGUUUUCUCAUAUCACUGCUGGCAAUUUGGUUUGCUACGCGACCAUCCACUUCAAAGUUGUCUUAUGGUUGGCACAGAGCAGAGGUGAUGGGAGCAAUUUUAUCUGUGUUGAUCAUCUGGGUUUUGACUGGGAUACUUGUGUAUCAGGCCAUUGAAAGGAUUGUCAAUGGAGAACAUAAAAUUAAUGCAGAUAUCAUGCUUAUUGUUGCUGCUUGUGGUGUUGGAGUUAAUAUCCUCAUGGGUCUGGUGUUGGGGCACAGUCACUCUCAUGGGGGUGGAUCUUCUCACGGUUCUCAUGGUCACUCUCAUCGUAAGAGGACCAUCUCAAGUACCCCAAGUGUCAAAGAACAAGCGACGGAUGAGAAUGUAAAUGUUCGUGCUGCAUUUAUUCAUGUGAUUGGAGAUCUUUUCCAGAGUUUGGGAGUUCUCAUUGCUGCUUUUAUCAUUAAAUUCAAGCCAAGUUGGUCUAUUGCUGAUCCGAUCUGUACGUUCGUCUUUUCUGUAAUUGUCUUAUUUACUACAAUCACAGUGCUCAGAGAUGCCCUGCUUGUUUUGAUGGAAGGCACUCCAAAAGGUAUUGAUUUGGAUGAAAUCAAAGAGCGGAUUGGAAGAAUACAGGGAGUUAAAGCAAUCCAUGAUCUUCAUGUUUGGUCACUCACUGUUGGAACACCAGCUCUUUCAGCUCAUUUAGAUAUAGAGGAUGAAAGUGAAUCACAACGAAUUCUCUCUGAAGCAACACAGUUGGUUGAUGUUGUUUAUCAUAUUAGACAUUCAACAAUACAAAUUGAGAAAUAUGAUGAAAUGUGCAACCCUCAUAGUGACAUUGAUGUAUAGCAUCAUCAGAAAAAAACAUCAGAGGCUGAUUGUUCAAAAGCCGGUUAGUUUAACCCUGGGUUAAAGCAAAUCUUCACAUGAAUUUUUCUAAUUGCUUGUUUACAAAGUUUCUAAGGUUUUAAAACGAAAAGUGGUUCAGAAG